AUGUGGCUCGUAGAUGGUGAUGGCGAUGCGAUUCCAGCAGAUACCACCAAUGGAGUUGAUUUCAUUAGCGAAUUACCUUUGGACAUCGUAACUGAUAACAUUAUCCCCAGGAUCAUGGGCCAAGAGGGUAGAGCUUCUGAUCUUCGUCGCCCAAGGAACUACUUUGCUUUAUGCACGACAUGGAUGCCAAGAAUCUCCCAAAGUGAUGAUACCAUUCAAUUCAAUCUCGAAUGCAACAAGCUGUCCACAAGGGAGGAUUGGAUGAGGGUACGAGCAAUGAGUGUUUACAUCAAAAAGCUCAGCCUUACGGCAUAUAGCACACCAACCAUUUGCGAUCUUACGCGCUAUGCAACGGGUUCCUUUCCUUCAUUGGAAAAAUUAAGCGUUACAGUGGCUGGCUAUCAAGCAGAUUGGGUGAAGCUACUGAGGUUGAUGCCGAAUAUCAGAACACUACAUAUCAUACGUGGACAUUCCAUCACACCAAAACUCUUUGUGAAGACCCCCCAUCCGCCUCGACAAGUAUUCAUCAUUCUUUGUGAUCACAAACCUGCCCACGCACAUCACGCAAAAAUGACAAAGACGAUGGUGUUGUCGCCCAAUUCUACUAUUCCAUAUCGCUCUUUGAUUGCUCACACCUACACAGCCCAAGUUGAUGCGAGUAUGUCUUGGUGA